AUGCCGCCGGCCGGCGGUCCCCGCGCGCCGCGCCCCGCCGCGCUGCCCCGCAGCCUGUCCCGCCUGCGCGAGUGCCCGGGCCGCUCCCGCAUCGUGCUGGCGCUCGGGGCCACGCAGAUGGCGCUCGGAUGCCUCAUCGUGGCCGUCAGCUUCGCCGCGCUGGCGCUCACCACCUCGGCCCGCGUCCGCCACUCCUGCCCCUUCUGGGCCGGCUUCUCGGUGCUGCUGUCGGGACUCAUCGGUGUCGUCUCCUGGAAGAGGCCCCUGUCCCUCGUGAUUACCUUUUUCAUGCUGCUCUCUGCAGUAUGUGUAAUGUUGAAUUUGGCUGGUUCAAUUCUCUCCUGUCAGAACGCUCAGCUAGUCAACUCCCUAGAAGGCUGUCAGUUGAUUAAGUUCGACAGCGUCGAGGUGUGUGUCUGCUGUGAGAUGCAGCAUCAGUCGUCGGGCUGCAGCAACCUCGGAGAGACACUGAAGCUGAACCCGCUGAGGGAGGACUGCAACACCGUGCGGCUGACCUUGAAGGAACUGCUCUUCAGCGUGUGUGCCCUCAACGUCCUGUCCACCAUCGUGUGUGCGCUGGCCACAGCCAUGUGCUGCAUGCAGAUGGUCUCCGCUGACGUCCUGCAGAUGUUCCUUCCACAAAGGGCGCCUUCCGUCAGCCCGGCCUGCAUGACCCCGCACGGCACUGUCCUCCACCAGACCCUGGAUUUCGAUGAGUUUGUGCCCCCGCUGCCCCCGCCGCCCUAUUACCCCCCGGAGUACACCUGCACGCCGACCACUGAGGCCCACAGGGGCCUCCACCUGGACUUUGCUUCCUCCCCAUUUGGCACUUUGUACCGCGUCACCAUCAACAGCCCCGGCCUGCUCUACCCCGCCGAGCUCCCGCCGCCCUACGAGGCCGUGGUGGGCCCGACCCCCACCAGCCAGAUUCCAAGUGGGGACCCACAAGUGACCGAGCCUGGCUCCGGGGACCCAGACGCCACCGCGGGCUUCAGCACACAAGCUCCGGCCGACAGCUCCAGCCUGCUGGCCCUCGAGGGCACUGCCGUGCCGGGCCUGAGCCGCCCACCCUCCGAUGGCCCCACGGGCACCCUGCUGCCCGCCCCACACCCACGCUGCACAUCUCCUGAGGGCCCCCGCCAGGGCGCGCGGGCACGGCCAGGUCCCAGGCGCGUGGCCCGCUCCACCAGCGACCCCACCUCGUGCGCAUCCAGGGCGGCAGGCGAUGGCUCGUCACACACCCCAUCCUGCAGCCAGGAUCUUGAAGCAGGACUGUCCCGGGCUGCACGGGAAACCGCUUCCUUGUCUCACCCUGUCAUGGUUGCCUGUGCCUGUCGGCCCCAGCUUUCACCCCCCAGGGAACCAGAUGCCUGGAAAACGGACCAGCGGUUAAAGCCAGAGGCCUUACAGACAGUCUCCAAAGAGCGGCCGCACUCCUUAGUGGACAGCAAGGCCUACGCGGACGCCAGGGUUUUGGUGGCUAAGUUCUUGGAACACUCGAGCUGCUCCCUUCCCGUGGAGGUAAGGCACGUGGUGGGCUCCGCUCGCUCGGCCAUCCCCUCCGAGGAGUGCCACGUGGAGGAGGCCGUCCUCAGCGCCCGUGUCCUGGACCAGCUGUGAAAGCACCUCCAUCUGGAUGUGGACAUGGACAGACCUGGUGCCAGAGUCCCUGCCGGGGACGCCGGGCCUGUGGGGAGAGGCUGCUGCCCGGGUGGCUCAAGCGGCAGAGGCCGUCGGCUGUUUUCUGGGGGCUGACACUUCCUACCCGUCCCAGUGAUACAGUGGAUGCCUCUCUCGUGUCCAUUGUGAAUUCUUCCCUGUUAUCAGGCAGGUGGCACCUUGAACUAGCCACAUGAGAGCGAUCCAGUGGCAGGGGACACACAUGUAGCUAAAGAAACUGAAGUAGCUUCACAAUCGGGGCCAUGGAAGAGCAAGAUUCUCCCGCACCCCAGUCCCCACCCCCCGAUUUAGUUUAGUGUUUAAAGGGGUGGAGGAGUCCAUCAGGCAAUGAGCCCAUUUCCCCUUGCGGUUUGAAUCAAUGAUCAACCCUUUCUCAGAGGCUGAUUUUUAAGAAAAUAAGUCAUUCUAGCCCAGAUGGCAGCCGGGGUCCAGCCUUAUGCCCGCAGGGCAACAGGGCCACCCUGUGAACAAACAUACAAUGAGGGACUCCCCAGGGGGGCCCAGCCACCCUGUGGCAAGGGGCUUUGAGGGACAAACCCCACCCCCA